GAGCCUGUUCUCUAAAAUAUUGUAUUUACAGAAACCAAUUGGCAAACCAGUUAUUUAGAAUGUUAUUAACAAAUAAAUGUGCACAAAAUUUACGUAGCUUUCAAAAAGUUGCAAGUCUGCUUAAUAAACAAGCCAGAGACUGCUGCUACUGGCAAGCGACUGCCACCGGUUUAAAGCCAACAGCAACCACAACAACAACAACAUGGAGUAAACGCAACGAACGAAUGUUGUAUUGCAGCAGCAGCAACAGAUAUGCCAGCUCAGUUUUCUACACGACCGCAACGAGAGCAGCGGCAGCAACUGGUGUUAGCCAUUCGAAAUUUUACAGCACGCAACAAUCCAUUUCAACAGCAAAUAAAACAUUGAAAAAACCAAAAAUGGUGGCCAAACUGAAUGAACAGGAACGCUGCGAAAAGCUGCAACCACUGCUGGAUGCAGGCUGGACAAUGGUCGAGGGACGCGAUGCCAUAUAUAAGGAAUUUCUGCUGAAGGAUUUCAAUCAGGCAUUUAGCUUCAUGACUGGCGUUGCACUGCUCGCCGAGAAAAUGAAUCAUCAUCCAGAGUGGUUCAAUGUGUACAACAAGGUGCAGGUCACCCUGAGCACCCACGAUGUGGGCGGCCUGAGCAGCAACGACAUACGCAUGGCUACUUAUCUGGAGGCACAGUUCAAGCUCUUGAAAUAAUUCUUAUACCAAAUCUUUAAAAGUAUAUUUGAAUCCUUUUGUUAAUAAUGAAAUAAAUAAUCAGCCCAACAUGGACUUACUUAGGA